AUGUUGUCGAGAACAGACGACGAAAUGGACGUGGAUGAGGAGUUCGCUGAGGGCGUAACCGACGAAGACAGCGACGGCUCGGAACCAAGUUCAGAAGAAGACGCCGAAGGCGAGGAUGACGAAGAGAACGAGGACGAUGCACCCAACCCCGAAGAAACGUACGCCGAGAAGGAGAUUGAAGGAGAUUUCGAUCGUCUCGUACAGAACAUACGACUCCGGGACACGUCUUCAAACAACGGCGCGAGCGGCAGCGGAUUGACAAAGGAUUGGGAUUUCAGCAUCGAGGAGAAAGAGGCCGAGUUUCGCGAUGACCUCAGGGAAGCCUCAGGUAUUGGCCGGAAACGCAAACGGAAAGGCCGAACGACGGGGCCAGUUCUCUCUCAACAAGUUCGCGCCCUUAUUGGUGAUGGGAAUCAGGCGUAUGUGGACAGCAACCUACCUGAAGCAGUCCGGAUCAUGCAAGAGGUCAUACGCAUUGAACCGCGCGCGGCGGGUGCUUGGUCUGUCCUUGCACAAUGUUAUGAAGAUAUGGAACAAGGGAAGAAGGCGCUUCAGCUUAGGAUCAUGGCGGCUCACCUUCGACACGAUGCGGAUGAGUGGGAUCGAUUGGCGAGGCAGUCGAGGGAACAUGGGUAUAAUCAACAGGCGUUAUACUGCUAUCGAAAAGUAUACAGUCUUGACCCGACAAAUGUCGACGCGUUGUGGGAUCGAGCAUCGUUGGCAAAGGAGAUCGGGGACUUUCGAACGGCCCGCAACGCAUUCACAGCAAUCCUGAAACAGUUUCCACACGACCUGACGGUUCUCCGCGAACUCCACGCCAUCCUCGUCGAGCUCUCCGAACUCCCAACUUGUGCCGACCUCCUCCAAACCGCUUUCGAACACUACCAACGCAUCUACCCCACCCCUUCCGAGAGCAUCUUCACCAAACUUGACUUGCUCCUCCUAGCCGACUUGUACAAUGCUCUUGGGGAACACGAAAAAGCAGCCCAGACGAUUAGGCGCGGAACUCGUUGGUUGCAAGGGAGAGCCGAGCAGCGGUAUUGGGAUUUGUGCGAGGAUGAUAGGGAGUAUGAUAUGGAUGGGUGGCCGGGGAGAAGUGUGAUUGGGGAGGGAGGUGGGAUACAGGCUGGGAGGUUUGAGUUGGACGCGAAUGCGCGUCAUCGGUUGGCGGUUGCGAGGAUUAAGAUGGGCGAGAUCGAGGAGGGAAAGCUCCAUGCGAAUGCGGUCUUGGCACAAGAUAUUCUUGAUUACGCAGUCCUCUUUGCUGAGAUUGCAGAUGCAUACUUUGAGAGGGAGAUGUGUGCAGAGGCGAAGCCUAUCUACGAGCUCCUUGGUGCUGACCCUGCGACAAGCAGUAUUUAUAUUCUCAUACAAACAGCCGCAUGCAUGAAGAUGCUCGAAGAACUUCGUGAAGCUGCAGAAGUCUACGAACACAUCCGACAGGCUGAUCCUACGCACAACGACGCCAAAAUGAAGCUUGCCGAGAUUUAUGAGAUCCUAGGUGAACCUCGACGGGCUUUAGAGCUAGUAUAUGAAGUUAUCGACUCCCGCAAAAAGCGCGCAAAAGCACCGGCGACCCAAUUUGAAGAUGACCCCACCACAGCCUCUCUCUUCGCCGAAGAACGUAUUACCAGGUCCAAAGCUAACGCUAUCCGUGUCCAGAACCGACUAACGCACCUGCAGCUGAGGGAGCUGGAGGCGGCCAAGGAGAAAGAGGUGAUGCAGGGGUAUCGGAAAAUAAGGGAGCUGUGGGCGGGGAUGAUGGGCGGGGAUGAGGAGUGUGAGAGGGAGUGGAUGGUCGAUGCGGAGAAGCUUGUUGAUAUGUUUAGGGAGACGAGGAAUUUGUUUUUGACCAGUCGGGUGGGUUGGCCUUUUCUCUUUUGCUUUGGGUUUGGCGAGGGGCUGAUCCUGUUGGCGGGGCGUAGAGUAACCCGUUCAAGGGGAUGUUUCCGAGGAGUCAUAGGAAGAAACAGAAGGUCGAGACAGAGGCUGAUGAAGAUCGGAUGGCGUCGAGGUUGCAGCUUGACUUGGGUUGAACGUGAUAGCAUGUCGAGGAAGGUGACCAAGGGAGACGCGCAAAUCGGCAAAGUGGAUGUAUUUAGAGGGAUCUCAUUCGAUGACUGGUUGAAGUUGUUCAUGCAGUAUUGCUUUAUUCUUACUCGACGAGGUCAAUACGACGUCGCAGAUGAAAUCCUUCGACAUAUCAUGGUCUCAAACGCAUAUCAAGCUCGUGAGCGACAGGACUCUAUUCGACUGGCAAUCAUCACUUGUGGUCUGGCCGCGGGCCAACACUUCGCUGUCGUUGAACAAGCACGCAAACUCAUCACCAUACACCAAUUCAACAACGAGCCACUCCGAAUCCUCAUGGCUUGCCUAUCAAGUGGCCUCCGCCCCACAGAUUCUUUCAUCACUUCCACACUUCAAAAGCAUCUGUUUAGAGAAAUGAAGUUGGCGGAUACGGCUGUGAAGAGCCCAGAAGUGCCCAAGUGGAAUCCAUUGAACAAGCGGUAUGCACCCACUGCACAGAGCAGGAAAGCGGAGGAUGGGGCUGAGGAUGAUGGGGAUGAUGGAGUGCCAGACCAGGGUGGUGAUCAGGAGACUGGAGCGACAGCUACGGCUGGGAGCCUCAAUCUCCCUGAGAUACCGACGAAGCAUAACCCGGUUAUUGUGGCUAUCUAUGGCCAGAUUUGCAUUGCUGCGAAGAGCUAUCAGAGUGCCAUUUUCUAUCUGUUGCAUGCAUACGAUUAUUGCCCUGAUGAUCCGAUGAUAUGCUUGUGCUUGGCCAUAGCUUCCAUUGGUAGGGCGAUGCAGCGUCAGUCAGAUAACCGACAUCAUCUUGUUACACAGGCGAUGGCGUUCCUAACGCAGUAUCGCAGUCUCCGAGGAAGUGGCAUGCAGAGUGUCCCGGAAGUGGAAUACAACUUUGCCAGGACUUUCCAUCAGCUUGGACUCUACUCCUACGCGGUCAAGCAUUACGAAAAUGUUCUUGAACUGGCGGAGAAGAACAAUGACGACCUCUUUGCCAAAGAGGCGGCAUACAACCUAUCCCUGAUCUUUGUCUUCACUGGCGCCACUCACCUGGCGAAUGCUUUGUAUCGUCGAUGGCUCUCAAUAUGA